UGUGGUAAUGUCCGAAGCAGCACAAAUGAUGUUUUCAUAGGUGGCGCUGUAUUCCAUGCUUAGCUGAGUCACAUUUACGAGUAUUUUAUGCGAGUAUUACUUAAAUAAGAAAGGACACAGAAUGAUGUCAGAUAGUUCUGGCGGUGCCGGCCUAACAGAUGAUGGGCUAGAUAGCCUUAUUGAUGCCAUGUCAAAAAUGAAGAAACCAGAAGAACUAGAAGGAAAAUCAUUCGAACAGCAACUAGAGGAGUUAGAAAAUCACCCUGCUUUUAUGAAGGAAUGGGACCCUAGUAAACCUAUGACUGAGGACAUGGAGGGUCUGAUGAGGCUUAAAUAUGAAUGUGAUGAUCCUACAGGAAGAGCAGAAGCAUAUAAAGAUGAUGGUAACCAUGAGUUUCAGAAGAAGAAAUAUCAUAUUGCUGUAGAUAAUUACACAGAGGGCAUCAAGUGCAAAUGUCCAGAUAAGAAACUUAAUGCUGUGUUAUACACAAACAGGGCAGCGGCUAACUAUCAUCUAGAAAAUUACAGAACAGCAUUAAAUGACUGUAUUUUUGCUCGAAAAUUUAAACCAGAUCACUACAAGGCAAUUCACAGAGGUGCUAUGUGCAAUUUACAGAUGAAGAAAUAUGAGGACUGUUUCAAAUGGUGUGAUGAGGCUCUUGCUUUUGACCCAAAGGAUGCAAAAAUACUAGAAAUCAGACAAAAAGCAGCUAAGCUCCAGAAAAUUAUUGAAAGAGAUAAGAGAAAAGAAAAAGCAGUGGAGAAGAAAGAGUUAUCUAAAGAUUUGCAACUGAUUCAAGCAAUACAGAAACGUGGCAUCACAUUGAAUAAAAUCACCAAGACAAUUACUAAUGAAGAAGAUUUGAGCCCAGCAUUGUUAGAUAGUAUAGAAACUCACAACCCUCAUGGAGCCAAGGUUAACCUUGAUGCUAAAGGUAUCCUGUACUGGCCAGUAAUGUUUUUAUAUCCAGAAUACACAGAGACGGACUAUAUACAAAUGUUCUUUGAAAAUCAAAGAAUCAUAGACCAUCUUAGUCAUAUAUUUGGUGCAGAAGCUGAGCCCGCCCCUUGGGACACAGAGAGACGCUACAAACCUCAUACCAUCAAUGUAUAUUUUGAAGACCGGGAGAAGGAAAAAUUACAUAAAGUCAACAAGGAAUCUAGUUUAUUAAAGGUGCUUCAGCAUAAAAGAUAUGUUGUGUAUGGGGGAACUCCAUCUUUCAUAUUAACUGUGGCAGGUUCUGAUUUUGAAAAAGAUUUUUUGGAAAAAUACAAAGAUUGAAACUGUAUAGAUUAUUUGACAAUAAAAUGUAUUGUAAAUAUU